UCAUAGGCGGGGAAAUUGAAAAAAGUGGGUGAGUUUUAGAGAGAGAAGUAAAAGCUGUGUUGUAUUUGCGUAUCUGGCUCUCGGUGUGUACCACUCUACUCACUCCUCUACCAGAACCAUUUUUACGCCUUAAAUUCUAGACAGAGAAACCCUCUCGAAUGUGGCGAUGACUCUCCUCUCUCUCUCUCUAAGAUUUAUUAGAGAGAGAGAAUCUCCUACGCUCUGCUUUUAUAAUCCAUCAGUUACAUUGCAUCCCACUAGCCCCCUCCUCUUUUACAAUGAUCCAAAUCAGGCGCAAUCCUCGCCCGUUAUGACCAUCUUUUCAAAAUUUCUUAUUAUUUUACCUCCUGGGUUUUCUUCUUCUUGCUAAAUGGAGUUCGGUAGCCUCGGUGGUAGUAGCAACAGUGGCGGUGGCGGAGACCAUGACCCCUCUGACCGGAGGAAAAAACGAUACCAUCGUCACACUGCUAGUCAAAUUCAGAAGCUUGAAUCAAUGUUCAAGGAGUGUCCGCACCCAGAUGAGAAGCAGAGGUUACAGCUGAGUAGAGACUUGGGUUUGGCUCCCAGACAGAUCAAGUUUUGGUUUCAGAACAGGAGAACCCAGAUGAAGGCUCAGCAUGAAAGAGCUGAUAACUGUGCACUUAGAGGAGAGAAUGAUAAGAUCCGGUGUGAGAAUAUUGCCAUUCGAGAGGCUCUUAAGAAUGUUAUCUGCCCGUCUUGCGGCGGUCCUCCUGUCACUGAAGAUUCCUACUUUGACGAACAUAAAUUAAGAAUGGAGAAUGCUCAAUUGAAAGAGGAGCUUGAUAGAGUUUCGAGCAUUGCUGCGAAAUACAUAGGAAGGCCGAUUUCUCACCUUCCUCCGGUGCAGCCUAUUCACAUUUCGUCUUUAGAUUUGUCGAUGGCGAGUUUUGGUCCUUCGCUUGAUCUUGAUCUCGAUCUUGAUCUCAUUCCUUCUACUUCAACGCUGCCUUUCCAGCCGCUUGGUAUUUCGGACAUGGAUAAGUCUUUAAUAACAGAUAUUGCUGCAAAUGCUAUGGAUGAAAUGCUCAGGCUUUUGCAGACCAAUGAACCUUUGUGGAUUAAGUCUUCCACUGAUGCUAGGGAAGUUCUCCAUCUUGAUACCUACCAAAUUCUAUUCCCUCGCUCCAUUUCUCGCCUCAAGAAUCCUAAUGUUCGAAUUGAGGCUUCCAGAGAUUCAUGUGUUGUCAUCAUGAAUUGUUUAGCCUUGGUUGACAUGUUCAUGGAUGCCAAUAAGUGGGUCGAACUAUUCCCCACCAUUGUCUCCCUGUCCAAGACCCUUGAAGUUAUUUCAUCCGGAAUGAUUGGUAGUCAUAGCGGUUCUUUACACCUGAUGUAUGAAGAGUUGCAAGUGCUCUCGCCAUUGGUACCAACUCGCGAAUUGUAUAUCCUCCGUUAUUGUCAACAGAUUGAGCAAGGGUUAUGGGCAAUAGUUAAUGUUUCUUAUGACAUUCAGCAAUUUGCUUCUCAGUGUCCGUGUCAUCGGCUUCCUUCGGGCUGCUUGAUUCAGGACAUGCCUAACGGAUACUCCAAGGUUACUUGGGUGGAACAUGUGGAAAUACAAGACAAAACCCCAAUUCAUAAACUUUACAGAGAUGUAAUUCACAGCGGAGUGGCCUUUGGAGCUGAGCGUUGGCUCGCUACUCUUCAAAGAAUGUGUGAGAGGCUUGCAUGUCUUAUGGUGUCGGGAGCUUCAACGCGGGAUCUUGGAGGAGUAAUUCCGUCACCUGAUGGUAAAAAGAGCAUGAUGAAACUUGCUCAAAGAAUGGUGAAUAGUUUUUGUUCUAGCAUCAGCACGUCUAACAGCCAUCGAUGGACCACUGUUUCUGGUUCUAAUGAGGUCAGAGUCCGGGUUCAUAAAAGCACAGAUCCUGGACAACCCAAUGGAGUAGUACUUAAUGCAGCUACUACGUUCUGGCUUCCAGUUACACCACAAAAUGUCUUCAAUUUCUUCAAGGAUGAAAGAACUCGAGCACAGUGGGACGUUCUUUCUAGUGGCAGUGCAGUGCAAGAAGUUGCUCAUAUUGCCAACGGCUCACAUCCUGGGAACUGCAUAUCCGUUCUUCGAGCAUUCAACAGUGGGCAGAAUAAUAUGUUAAUACUCCAAGAGAGCUGUAUAGACUCGUCGGGUUCACUGGUAGUAUACUGCCCAGUUGAUCUAGCAGGCAUCAACAUAGCAAUGAGCGGAGAAGACCCGUGUUAUAUUCCGUUGCUGCCAUCAGGAUUCACCAUCACACCUGAUGGUAGAGCAGAUACCGGUGACAGAGCGUCAACGAGCUCAAACACACAUGGGAGCACGGGUUCAGUAAUAACAGUGUCAUUUCAAAUACUCGUAAGCAGCUUGCCAUCUGCGAAGCUAAACCUGGAAUCGGUGACAACGGUGAACAACCUUAUCGGCACAACUGUCCAGCAAAUUAAGGCAGCAAUGAACUGUCCAGAUUGUUAAUCAUCUGCAAGCAGCUUUUAAGUAUUGGAGGUGUUAGUUGAGGCUUUGAAUGCAGUGUCAUAAAACUACACGUUUUUUGGGGUUUUGAGAAAUUUUAGAGAUUGAAAAGAUUAGAGUGAUAUAAAGAGAGGAGUCAAGAACGCACCAUCCAUCUCUGUCUUGCUAAUAAAUUUGACAUUAGCAAGAAAAAUGUGUGGUUCGGGUAUUGACUUCUGUGCUUUUUUUCAUUUAUUUUGCAAUCAAUGAAUCCUUCUUUUACUA